AUGGCUCUUGAGCAAAAAGUGCACGAGUUCGACCAAGCUUCCCGUAAGCAUAAUCUAGAAAUUGUAGGUAUUGAACAAUUACCUAAUGAAAACGUUAUGGCGGUGGCUAAAAAACUGGGAGAUAUCAUAGGAGUGAGCAGCGCAUGUAUCGACUGGGUGAGUCGCCGCACGACACGCAAAAUUAAUGACAAACCAGCUCCGAUUAUUAUAGGUUUUAAGACUUCAGGCACUAAAAGUCGGGACGAAUGGUUAGCCAACAGGCGUAAGCUCAAGGAAUUAAACAGCAGCGCGAUCACCGGCGGAUCUCAACGUAAUAAAAUUUUUAUUAACGAAGAUUUAACCAAAACAUCACGAGAGCUGCUGUGGAAUGCCAAGACACAGCUGAAGGAAAGAUUUAAAUUCAUCUGGGUAAAUAACGGCAAGAUCUUAGUGAAAAAAGCUGACGGAGAUAAAUCUGUGUGGGUCAGUGAGUUACUUGUGUCAUUAGACAAUAAUUUAAAAAAAAUAGAUGUAAUUGUUGUCACGGAGCCUAACAUUAAUUAUGCAUAUUUAUCUUUUUAUAAAAUUAAUGGCUUCACGAUUAAUAGUUUCACUCGUUCGGGAAGAAGCGGGGGAGGGGUAAUAGUGUACGCGCGGGAGGGGCUCGCGGCUCGGGUGUGCGGCCUGACGACACGUGCAGUGGCACAGAUGCGCUCAGCGGAGUGCGUCACUAUAACACUAACUCAUGACUAUGAACCAAUUUAUAUAAUUUCAAUAUACAGACCGCCUAAAAUAAAUAAACAAGAUAAAACUUUGCAAUUUCUAGAAGAAUGUCGUAACCUAUUAGAAAGUAUACCCAAUAACACGAAAGUAAUUUUUUGUGGCGACAUAAAUUUAAACUUAUUAAAAAAUCGAGAUAAACAUGUCAUAAUGUAUGAAGAACUUUUAGCUGAGUUUGGUUUUAUCAAAUGUAUCGAUCGAGUUACCCGUAGUGAAAUCCUAUUGGAAAACCUAGUAGAAUCAUGUCUGGAUCAUAUAUUCAUUCGUGCACCAUCGGCAAAAAUAGAUUCAGCUGUGAUACACCAUAAAAUAUCCGAUCAUUACCCGGUAUCGGUUGCGGUGGAGUGGGAACGCGCCCCGUUGCAUAGCAGUAUGGACGCAUCUGAGCACGAGUCGUCGCUGGGUUCGCGUUCCGAGGCUACCUCCCGCCCCCGCCCCCACCCUGCACAGCCUACCGCUAAUAGCUCACGACUAAUACGUGUCCUGGACAAUCGUGCAGUACGAGAGAAACUAUUAUCGACUAAUUUUGAUGAUCUACUAUCAAUUACAUGCCCAUUGAAGCUUUAUGAAGCUUUUAGAUUAAUAUUUUUAGAUAUUUAUCAAUGUUGUUAUAGUACUAAAAUAGUUUAUAGUAGUAAUAGAAAUAAUAAAGGCUGGGUUACGGAACAUCACAAAAAAUGCUUU